AUGAAGAAGAUAUUGGCUCAUGGAGUUAAGGAAAAGACGCCAAUGGGUUUCUGCGAUGUCCCACAAAAAAAUCUAUUGGACUUUCUACGUGAUAUGAAAAACAUUUCUGUUCCAAACGAACCCAGAUACAAACCUCUCAGAAAGAUCCACCAGGCUGCAAGCGAGGGUGAUACAGAGAGACUACAGAGAAUGAUAAGUCUUGGGAAACACAGUGUAUAUGACAGAGACAUUAAGCAAAGGACUGCUCUGCAUUUUGCCUGUGCCUAUGGCCAGGUAGAAGUAGUAAGUGUUCUCUUGAGAAAUAAUUGUGAUAUUGAUGCAGUGGACAGGAACUCCAUCACACCUCUGAUGAAGGCUGUUCAAAACUGGAAAUAUGAAUGUGUAUGUACAUUGUUGAAACAUGGUGCUGAUCCAAACCAUAUGGACAAAAAUGGCAAUAAUUCUCUCCACUACGCUGUGUCUGAAGAUAACCAGACACUGGCUAAAUGCUUGCUUAAAUACAGUGCAAACAUGGAACAAAAGAACAAGGAUGGCUUUACACCACUUUUAUUGGCUCUCAAGGAAAACAAAAUAGAGAUGGCAAAGUUUUUAGUAAAGAAUGGGGCAAAUAUACAUGUAUUUGAUAAGAUGAAAAGAAACACACUCUUAUAUGCCAUUAGAUGGGACUCAAAAGAUAUGGUCAAUCUACUUUUGGAUGAAGGCAUUGACUUUUUCUUUAAAGAUGUAUUUGGAUGGACUGCUUUACGGUAUGCUAUUGAAGGCACAAGUAAAGGUAGUCGAGGGAUUCUCAUGAACUAUGAUGAAAAGUUAUGUAGAAAACAUAAAGAUGGCACUCCAGGAUACAGGAAUUUUGUAGAGAAUUCAUUAGACACGCACCCCAAUGAUUCUACUUCUGGAUCCACCUUGCCUAAAUCAAGUGAGACUGCAUGUGAUUUUGAUGAUGAGUCGGAUAUUCCUAAGUAUGUUCUCACUACAUGUCCUAGUAACAUACAUGGGGCUGGACAUCAAGGAGACAAAAGUGAAACAAAUGUUCAAGUUUGGACUAAUCCUACCUUGAAGUCUUCCACUAAAGGGAAAGAGCCCAUUCUGAAUGAAGUAGGAACGAUGACAGAACCACAUCAUUUCAUAAUAGAAUCACACUUAGAAAUUGAGUCACUGAAGGAAACGUUUUCAUAUGACAAUGAAGAUAAACAGUCAGUGAGUGAUGAUGGACAUUUUUCCGGAACAACACCUGAAUGGUGUCAAAAUGAUACAAAUAGACAAACUACAGCUCAAGAUUGCAUGUAUCCCAACUUGAAGUCUUCCACUGAAGGGAAAAUACGUAUUCUCAGUGAAGCAAGAAAAACGACUGAAUCACUUCAUUUCACAAUAGAAUCAGAUUUGAAAAUUGAAUCUCUGGAGGAAACUCUGUCAUGUGACAAUGAAGACAAACAACUACUGUAUCUUCCACAAAUAGAUGAUAGCAAUUUUUCUGGAGCAGCUAGUGAAGGACCAGAAAAUAACUUAGAGGGACAGCUGAAAGAAUCUGCAAAGAAAUAUCCAUACCUGAAGACAGCCAAUGAAACAAAUGACCUCAUUCAAAAUAAAUGUUCAGAAAAUAAGGAUGAAGAAACAUUAAACUCAGAACUAACUAUAACAUCUACAUCAGAAGAACAAAAAUGCCCUGAUGCCAGAGAAAAAGAACAACAGAUGCAAACCAGACCAAUGGAUAUUGUUUAUUUAGUCACUGUCAAAAAUCAAAGAGAAGAAAAUAUGGGAAUUAGUCAAGACAAAGACUCUCCGGAGAAACAUCCUGAACCUCAGUGUAGCACUGAAAAAACAUAUUUCAUUGCACAAGAAGAAUCAGAUACAAAUCAGGAGGACACAUUACAUGCAGAACAAGUUGUUGAACUGACAUCAGAAGAAGAAUCAAAAAUGGAAGACAGCAAUGACAACAAGCAGUGCUUGAACAUCUUUAAGCAACUUCGACCAAAGCGAAUUGGCUCUUUAUUAAAAAGUGAAGAGAAUACAAUAACAGCUGAAGAGAAAGAGAUUCUUAAAGAAUAUUGUCAACUGAAGUCUCCCACUGAAGAGCAAGAGUCUAUGCUAAAUGAUUCAUCAGCAAAGAAGAAUACAAAAUCAUUACAAACAGAAUCAAUGUUAAUAACUGAGAAGGGACAAAAGUUUCAAUUGGACAGUGAAAACAACAACCAAAAGCAUAUAUUUAAGCAAUCCCAACCAAAAAUGACUUCACAUUUAUCUGUGCCAGAAGGUCAAAGUGAUGAAAGUACAAUAAAUGGCCAAGUGAAAGGUUCAAUUAAUUAUAUGGAUUCACCACAAGAACACGAUGUAAAAUCAAGAUUAGAGGAAGAACAAAAUAGCCAUGGUAAUGGUGAAAAAUCACAGCAUGAGCACAUGUUUAAGCUUCCUUGGCCUAAGGGUGUUGCACAUGUAUACUUUGAUUCUCCUACACAAUAUUCUCAAUGUAAGGCUAGCAAUGAAAGGAACGAAUAUGAUUCAGAUAGUAGUUCAUCAUUGAUGUAUGGAGAAACUUUCUCUGUAGAGGCAACUUUAAAAUUGAAAACAAUGGAAAAUCUUGAUGGCAAUGAAACUAGUCAAUCAUCUUUAUCAUUAGGAUUAACUUCAACACCAACAAAUAUUCUAAGUGAAGGAGGAAAAGGUUUUCAAAAGAAAUUUCUUGAAUGGAAGCCUCUCACAGCUGAAUUCUGUGAUUCUGACUCAACAGAGGCAUCAGCCAUGAUACAUGGACAAGGAUUCCAACCAGAUGUAGACAUAAAACUGGAAACAGAGAGCCAGGAUUAUCUUGAUAGCAGUGAAAGUACUCAGUUAUCUAACAUCACAUCUCUUCAGUCUAAGUGCAUUCCUCAUUUAUCAGUUGGAAUAAUUUCAAGAUCCACGAGUCUUCUAACCGAAGGAGAGAAAGGUUUUUGUAUUAACUAUCCUGAACAAGAGUCUUCCACUGAAGACACCGAUGUUUCAACUAAAGAAUCAGUAGUGAAGUAUAGACAAGAAUUCCCAGCAGGUUCACAUAGCUCCCUAAAACUGCUUUCUAGGAAUCCAGAUGUAAAAUUCAAUAAAUAUCCCAUUUCAAAGCCCAACCAGAAAACUCCAUCAACUGAAAGAGAGGAUUCUGUUCCACCUGAGUCAUCACUGUUGAAGUGGGAACACCCAUCAGAAGUGGACAUUCAAAUGAAAGCAAAUGGCAACCUUAGAAAUCUUGAUGGAAGUGAAAGUUCUCAGUCAUCUAAUACCGUGCCAGAUCUUCCCCUGUGCCGCGUACUUCCUUCAUCAGUACCCAUGAAUCUUCUAAAUGAAGGAGGAAAAGAAACCCAAUUAAAAGAUAAAUCAGUGAAAAAUCAGAAGAAUCUUGAGAGCAAUACCAAUACUGCACCAUCUGGUAGCAUUAUGCGUCUUCCACCCAGGUAUAAUCCUCACGCAUCAAUGAGAAUAAGUCCAAGGUUCACAAAUCUUCCUAAUGCAAGAGAAGAAGAAGACUUACAAGCUAAAUUGGAGGAAAAUCAAAGAAAUAUUGAUGGCAGUGAAAGCAUUCAAUCAUCUGAUAAUGUGAAGCACCUUCAACCUAGGCGAAUUCGUCAUUUAUUGAUGGGGCUAAUUCCAAGACCCGUGAAUAUUCUAAGCAGACGGGGGAAAGACUCUCACAAGAAAUGUACUCCACAUAAGGAUCCCACUGAAAUAAAAGUGUUUGAUCCAAAUGCAAAAUUGGAAAGACAGGAAAUAAAAACAUUCACAUCAGUGAUGUUAGAAGAUAAUCAAGACCUGUGUUAUGGCAGCAGAAAUAACCAGCUAUUGGUUGAAGCAACCAGGAAGAAACAUACAAGCAAUGGAACAGAAGAUGCGACUCAGUCCUAUGGCUGUGCAUUAGCUGCUAAUGCUCAUUAUGUCUCUACUGCUUCUGUUGUUGCUGGUAUUGUUGCAGCAGUUGUUGUUGAUGCAGAUCCUCCGACUGCUGCAGUUGCUUCUUAUGCUGCUAGGGCUGCAGUUGUCGCUGCUGCUGCUCCUGCUGCUGCUGCGGUCGCUUCUGCCACUGCAGCUCUUGAUGCUCUUGCUGCUGUUGCUCCUGGGGCUGUAUCCGUUGCUACUGUGACUGCAGCUACUGCGACUGCAGCCACUGCUGCUACUGUUCCUGCUGCAGCUGCUGCCGCCCCAGAUGCUGACCCUGCUGUGGUUGCUGCUGCUGCUGCUGCGGCUGCUGCUGCAAUUACAGUGACUUCGGUGGCUGCUGCUUCUCUCGCUGUUUCUGUUGCUUCUGUUGCUGCGGUGGUUGCUGUUGCUGUCACUGCAGCAGCUGGUUCCGAUGCUCCCACUGCUGCUCCUGCUGCUGCUGCUGUUGCUGCUGCUACUGGUCCUGCAACAGCUGCUGCUCUCCUGGCUUCUGUUGCUGUUGCUUCUGUCACUCCUUGUGUUCCUCCUGCUGCUCCAAUGUCAGCUUUAGCCCCUUCUACUGUGGCUGCUGCUACUGCUGCUGCUGUUGCGGUUGUUACUCAUACUGCUGCUUCACCUGCUGUAGCUGCUGCUGCAGCUGCAGCUGCAGCAGCUGCUGUUGCUGUUGCUGUUGCUGUUCCUACUCCUACAGAUGUUACUGCUGCUAUUGCAGCUGUAGCUUCUUCGGAUAUUCCUACUGCUGCACCCGUUGCUGUUGCUGCUACUGCUGCUACUCCUGCUGCUACAAACCGAAGACUCAGUCUACAAAGAAAGUAUGUGGAGGAGGGAAAGCAGCAAUUUCCUGUUGAGGAGGCUGAGGAGCAAGAUGGGAUCAAAAAGUCAAUAUCUACAGAAAAAAAUAAGCCAGUAAAAGACAGACAUGAUCUGAAUACCUUGACUCCAGUAACUGAAUCAUGCUCAUCAGAAUAUCUUGGUAGUCCCUUAAAAUGUACACCUGAAUUUGAUUCAUAUAAAGAGUUAUUAGAGCUUAAAGAAAUCAAUGUUCAAAUACUCACAGAAAAAACUAAAGUGGAAAAUGAGUUAUCUGAAGUAAAAGAAGAGAACUCACAGUUAGAGAAAAAAAUUAUAAAAAAGAAUGAAAGAAUCUGUAUUCUGAGAUCAAUCAUAAGAAAACAAGUGGAGAAACAAAGAAAUGUAAUUUGUGCUUAUAAUGAAGUUAUAGAGGAACUGAGAGAUAAAGAAGAGAUGAUUCAGAGAAGAGGAGAACAAUACAAAAGACAAGUUACAGAGACACAAGAGCUUGAAAUAUGUCUGAAGACAAGAGAUGUGGAGUUGAAGCAGCUACAAAAAGAAAAAGAACAUGCACAGAAGAUGGAAGAUCACCUAGAAAUAUUGGAACUAGAAAAUACCUCAUUAAUAGCAACAGUAAAGAAGCAGAAGGAGGAAAUUGAACAUCUGCAGAGACACGUGCAAAAGCCACACAAAAACUUGGCACAGAGACCCAAUGUUACAGAGACAGCUGUUCAGGAAAAUCAGGACACAUGGAAUAACCACAAUACAGUAAUAACUGAGAUGGAAAACAUAAUCAAAAGUCUGAAAUCCGAAGUCUCCAGUGUUAAAACUUCCAAAGAGUUCAGCAAAAAAGAACUGGAAAAGUAUAAGCGAUUCUAUCUAGAAGAACUAAGAAAUAAAAACUUCUUGUUACAGGAACUAAACAGGACUAAUGAGAGUCGAGAACAAUCCCAUACAGAACUGCACAUGAAAUUUCAGCAAAAUAUUUCUGCAUCAAACACUCUGAAUACAAGGGUUGUUCAUGAGUGUUCUUGUGUUGAAAAAAACCACGAACUGGAAAACAAAGAUUUCCUUCCAGCAGAAAACUUGGUGUUGCCUUCCUCAAACACAGAAUCAACUCAUGUCUGCCUGGCAGACUAUCCAUGGAUGUCUGAAGAUGACAUGCGAGAUCUAAGCAAAGGACUCAGUGACUUAAAACAAUCUAUUCAACUUAGUUUGGAGACUCAGAAGAAACAAAAUCAUGAAGUAGAAAAAGAACUAGCUGGAAUUGGGAAAUCCUUUAAGAUAACAAAUCAUAAACAAGAAAUCAGAGACUGUGAUUCUCAAGGAGAUUUUGAAACCUGCCAAUCUGGAAUGAGUACUCCAGCUACAUUGCCAGGAUGCUUGGAACAAGCAACAAGUAAACCACAUUCAGAAUUCUUAAAGGAGAGCUAUACAACUUCAACAAUAAAUGCAAUGGAAACCAAAAUUAGAAGCCUUAAAUCUACACUCUCUAAGCUGAAAGUUAGCAGAGCAUUACGUGUAUUAGAACUGGAACGCUAUAAGUACCUCUAUUAUGAAGAAUUAAGCAUUAGAAAAUCUUUCCAAUAUUACUUAAACAAGAGUAAUGAAAAUUCAGAGACAAAUAGGUCAAAGCUGCACAUGGAAACACAGUACAUCAGCUCUGCAGUAAAUACACAAAGCACGAGCCCUUUGACAGAGUGCUCUUCUACUGGCUGUUUUGAUAGCAUCCCAGCUGGGAAAAAGUGUUCUUCUGAGAGAAAACCAAACAAGAUCUUCCUCAAACUCUCAACCAUCAACAAGUGGCCUGGAAGACUGCCUAAAAAUGAUGCAACAUGUGUCCCAGUAGAAAUAUGGAGAAGCAAAUAA